UCUCUUCGUAUUUGCGUGUGGGAGUGAGGAAAAAAAAAAAAAAGAAAAAGGCACCUACCACACGCCCUCCCCUGAUGUAGCCCUUCCUUUAACGCCUCCCUCUCUCUCGAGCCUCGACCCCGCCCUAAAGCUCAAGUAAGGUCUGAAUUCGGAUCCUCCGAGUUCCAAACAUGUCAAUGGAGUCAAGCUCUGGCUCCAGCGAGCAUAACGUCAGACGAAUACCUACUCACGGUGGACGCUAUGUUCAGUAUAAUGUGUACGGCAACCUUUUUGAAGUCUCUAGCAAGUACGUCCCUCCUAUUCGUCCUGUUGGCCGAGGUGCUUAUGGUAUUGUUUGUGCUGCUAUGAAUUCCGAGACCCAAGAGGAAGUUGCCAUUAAGAAGAUCGGUAAUGCUUUUGACAACCGGAUAGAUGCUAAAAGGACAUUGCGAGAGAUUAAGCUUCUUCGACACAUGGACCAUGAAAAUAUUGUUGCUCUUAGAGACAUCAUACGGCCUCCCCAGAAAGAGAACUUUAAUGAUGUCUACAUUGUUUAUGAAUUGAUGGACACUGAUCUUCAUCAAAUAAUACGCUCCAACCAACCAUUGACGGAUGAUCAUUGUCGGUAUUUUCUCUAUCAGUUGCUGCGAGGGCUCAAAUAUGUACAUUCAGCACAUGUUUUACAUCGUGAUCUCAAGCCUAGCAAUCUGCUCCUGAAUGCUAAUUGUGACCUUAAGAUUGCGGACUUUGGUCUUGCUAGAACAACAUCUGAAACAGAUUUUAUGACCGAGUAUGUUGUUACUCGUUGGUAUCGGGCACCAGAAUUACUCCUUAAUUGUUCAGAAUACACUGCAGCAAUUGAUAUAUGGUCAGUGGGUUGUAUACUAGGCGAAAUCAUGACAAGGCAACCCUUGUUUCCUGGUAAAGACUAUGUUCAUCAGCUGAGGCUUAUCACAGAGCUCAUUGGUUCACCGGAUGACUCCAGCCUUGGCUUCCUACGAAGUGAUAAUGCUCGAAGAUACGUUAGGCAGCUUCCCCAAUACACAAGGCAAAAUUUUGCUGCUAGAUUUCCUAAUAAGUCCGCAGGUGCUGUCGAUUUGUUAGAGAAGAUGCUAGUCUUUGAUCCAAACAGGCGCAUUACAGAUUGUCCUUUUUUUUUAUUUCCUGGCGGCCUACAGUUGAUGGGGCACUAUGCCAUCCUUACUUGGCACCUCUUCAUGAUAUCAACGAGGAGCCUGUUUGCCCAAAGCCUUUCAACUUUGAUUUUGAGCAGCCAACAUUUACUGAAGAAAAUAUCAAGGAGCUCAUCUGGAGGGAAUCUGUAAAAUUCAAUCCAGAUUUCUGAGAAUUAUCUGAUAUAAUCUGUUGUGCACACUUGGAAAAUACUCCAUUAUCCCCAUUCCUGUCAGAGUCUCUGGGAGAAGAUGAAAACAACUCGCUGGGUAUAUUGGAAUGGACUUGCAUGUCACGAAAGAGUUGGUUCCUUUCAUCUUGGAUUAUUUGAGAUAUUGACAUGUGUGAAAUGGAGGUUAGGUUGCCUUCAGGUUACGUCAGAAAAAUCACUGUAAAGGUCUAAUUUGUAGCUGGUAUGUAUGGGAACACCAACUUGAUUUAGUGUGGGUGGAGUGGCUGUUGUACUGGCAAUAUGUACUGUUUUGGAGUGGGGUUUCUGCAUAGUUAUUCUAAUUUUCCUA